CGACGCCACGUCCCCUGCGGCGUCUGGAAAGGAAUCAGUUGGGCGUCUGGGCGACUCUGGGUGGCUAUGGCCUUUACUCUGUACUCGCUGCUGCAGGCGGCCCUGCUCUGUGUCAACGCCAUUGCUGUGCUGCACGAGGAGCGCUUUCUCAAGAACAUUGGCUGGGGAACAGACCAGGGAAUUGGUGGAUUUGGAGAAGAGCCAGGAAUUAAAUCUCAGCUAAUGAACCUUAUUCGAUCUGUAAGAACUGUGAUGAGAGUGCCAUUGAUAAUAGUAAACUCAAUUGCAAUUGUAUUACUUUUAUUAUUUGGGUGAACAUCAAUGAGGGAAAUGGAGGCUCAGAAGAGGAGAUGCCCGCAGAAGUUAUGACUUCAGUCAUUAUUGGAAUAUUCAUAUCUUAGCAGGCCAGUCUUGCACUUGAAAAAAAUGUAAAGCUGACAAUAAAACCAGAGUUCCCAUUUAUCUGAUUUUUUUUUAAUGUUGCACUUGUAAUUUCAUUACAAAAAGAUCAGAUCAUCAGAGACAGUAACUCUCCAAGAUUGGAAUGUAUUUGAUUGCUGACUGUUAAUAAUAGUCCAUAUUAUGGUAAAGAUUGUUAAAAGGGUACAGGACUGUUGCUUCUGGUUUUUCUUUAGAUAUUUUUCUAUGUUUCACUUCUCAGGGAUGAAUUUUUUUCCAAAGUUUUGAAGUUCCUUGUGACUUAGCUAUCACAUGAGAGUGAUUAUCCCCCUAGAUAAAACUUAAAGGAUUUUUUAAAAGUAAUUACAUAUAAAGUGAUAAGUAGGUAAUUUGGAUAAUUUUAUUUUGAACUCUUUGGUUAAAUAUUUUGUUUAUAUGUUGUCUUGGCUAUAGACACUGUUGAGUAGCAACACUCUCUGAUUUCAGACCUUGUUAUUUCCUUUUGUCUUUUUCGUGACCGGCCCUCAGCCAGUGAGUGCACCGGCCAUGCCUAUAUAGGAUCCGAACCCGCGGCGGGAGCGUUGCUGUGCUCCCAGCGCCGCACUCUCUCGAGUGCGCCACGGGCUCGGCCCUACACUCUCUGAUUUCAGGGAGGUUCUAAUUUUCUAAGUCAGUCAGAUGAUAAUUGUGUUUUUGUUUUGCUUUCAUGGAUUUGUUACUUUACUAAUUGGCCUCAAUGAUGAAACAAGACCAGUAUCUACGUAUUUUCAUUGGUAGAGAAAUCUGUGUAGAAAAGUUUGUACCCUUUUUACAGUGACUUAUUUUUUUUAAAUCAGCAUACAUAUUAGCCUGCAAGAACAAUCCUAAAUGACACAAUUAAACUAUACUACAUAAGAAGAUUGUUUAUUGUGAAGCAUUUACCUCCCCCCAAAUUAUCACAUUUCCAUUUCUUGGUAGAAUAGCCCUUUAAGGUGUAUGAUUCUUAAUUCUUCAUUCUGUCUGUAAAUAGAGCAUUCAUGCUGGAUAAGGUUUUUUUUAUUUUGUUUUGUUUUUAUGUCUUAGACCAUCUUGUGAGGUUAUUUGCUCAUCCCAUAAUACAGUUGUAUGCAGAAAGGUAAAAACUAUGUAAAUGGUUUUUGUGGAAAUUCAGUUGUAAUAUUUUAAAAUGUGGAAUGGUGUUUAUAGGAGAACAUUUGUAAAUAAAGUUGAAUUUCCAAGUCGA